AUGAAUCUUCUUGCUACACCGCCACCUCCGCACCACCUUUCGAAUCCACGUCUCUCACCCUCCCACUCAAUGUCUUCUUACACUCCCACCGCUUCUGCCAGCCGGAAACGAAAAGCAGAAGACGACGAGCCUCAAGCGGAAGACAGAAUGUCCUCCUCCCCUUCCAACUCUCCAGCCCCAGCUACGCGCUCACUACCCGCCUAUCGACACGCCAAGAGACCCAGAUCAGGUCCUGUGGGCAGACCACUCGCUCUGCCCAGGCUUCUAGAGACCUUAGACGCCGACUCGCUACGAGGUGUUCUACAAUCUAUUUGCACGAGGCAUCCUGGGAUAGGUUCCGAAGUUGAACACACAGCACCAAGGCCUAGCGUUCCAUCAGCCCUUAACGUCCUCAAGGACUACGAAUCCGCUUUACAAGCCUCGUUUCCCUUUGGUGGUGACUCAUCGUCAGACUAUGCGUACAAUCGGGUACGGGAAUCCCUUAUGGCCCUCCUCGACGCUCUCGCCGACUUCACGCCACACUUCCUGCCACCGAAUGAAACCCAGGCAUUCCAGUCUCUCACCUUUCUCGAUGGAGCAACAGAUAUCAUCCAUAGACUACCGGACUGGUCCUCCUUCCAGAACAGCCUACACAAGCAAAACGCCUACGAAGAAAUCUCUGGAGCUUGGGCAUUAGCCAUAAGGGAAGCAGCCAAGAGGGCCGGAGGCAUGCAACUACAAUAUGGAGGAUGGGAUCAGAAGCUGGCCAAGCAUAACCAGCAAGCGAACGGGAAGCUUCAGGAUGCUGUGAAUGAGCUCAGUGCAAAUAUCGGGUGGAUGGGUGGCCAGCCUCAAGCACAGCAGCACGGCAACCGGGGGGAAGACUUAAAUUCUGUGAGGCAAGAGCUCUUGGCUGGAACCUACGGUAUAAAUUUGCCUGUACGUGUUGGAUCGUGGUAA